UCGGCAUCCCGUGUUGUGUUUCAGAGCUGAUGUUUGACGGCUCUGUGUGCGACUGAACGAUGGACUGAGGACACAGCUGAGAGGGCUGUCCGCGCUUUACUGGAAGUAUCUCCCGUAAACUUGGAUGUUAUUUCUUCUUCCCUCCUCUCGGUCUUUUUUUAAAUUAUUUUUUAGGCUGAAUACAUUUUAUUACUUUGAGCAGCUCCGAACUUCACCGAGGCUCGCGCAAAUCUCCUGGAACGUGGGAACACGAGAGAGAAAAGUGCGACUGAGAGAUUAGAGUAUGGGGAGCCGGGGGCACUACCGGUACCACUGGCAGAGCCACAAUGUCAAACAGAGCGGCGUGGAUGACAUGGUCCUGCUCAGCAAGAUCAACGAGGACGCCAUCGUGGACAACCUCAAGAAGAGAUACAUGGAUGACUACAUCUUUACAUACAUCGGUCCUGUGCUUAUUUCCGUCAACCCCUUCAAGCAGAUGCCAUACUUUGGAGAGAAAGAAAUAGAGAUGUAUCAAGGAGCGGCUCAGUACGAGAACCCUCCUCACAUCUACGCUCUGGCAGAUAACAUGUACAGAAAUAUGAUGAUAGAUCGGGAGAACCAAUGUGUCAUCAUCAGUGGAGAAAGUGGAGCAGGGAAGACUGUCGCAGCCAAAUACAUCAUGGGAUACAUCUCCAAAGUGUCGGGAGGCGGCCCCCGAGUGCAGCACGUCAAAGACAUCAUCCUGCAGUCCAACCCGCUGCUGGAGGCCUUCGGAAACGCCAAGACUCUGAGGAACAACAACUCCAGCAGAUUUGGAAAAUACUUUGAGAUCCAGUUCAGUUCCGGUGGGGAGCCAGAUGGAGGGAAAAUUUCCAAUUUUCUCCUGGAGAAGUCUCGUGUCGUCAUGAGGAAUCCUGGAGAAAGGAGUUUCCAUAUAUUCUAUCAGUUGAUAGAAGGAGCCAGUGGAGAACAGAAGAACAGCCUGGGAAUCACAAGCUUGGAUUACUACAGUUACCUCAAUCAAUCCGGUUCCUACAAAGUGGAGGACAUCAACGACAAAAGUGACUUCCAGGAGACAGUGCAUGCCAUGAAUGUGAUUGGCAUCACGGCGGAGGACAGCUCCAUGGUGCUUCAGAUUGUGGCUGGAGUCCUUCACCUGGGAAACAUCACCUUCAAGGAAUCGGGCAACUACGCUGCUGUGGAGAGUGAAGAGUUUUUAGCUUUUCCUGCAUUUCUGCUCGGCAUCGACCAGAACCGUUUGAAAGAGAAGCUGACGAGCAGAAAGAUGGACAGUAAGUGGGGCAACGCUGUGGAGUCGAUCGAUGUAACCCUGAAUGUGGAGCAGGCGUGCUACACUCGGGACGCCCUCUCCAAGGCUCUGCAUGCUCGUGUGUUUGACUACCUGGUUGAGUCGAUCAACAAAGCCAUGGUGAAGAAUCGUCAGGAGUUAAAUGUCGGCGUGUUAGACAUUUAUGGAUUUGAAAUUUUCCAAUUUGAGCAGUUCUGCAUCAACUUUGUGAACGAGAAGCUCCAGCAGAUCUUCAUCGAGCUGACUCUAAAGGCAGAGCAGGAGGAGUAUGUGCAGGAGGGCAUCAAAUGGACUCCUAUAGAUUACUUCAACAACAAGAUUGUGUGCGAUCUCAUCGAGAGCAAGAAUCCCCCGGGUGUCAUGUGCAUCCUGGAUGACGUGUGUGCCACCAUGCACGCAGUGGGUGAGGGAGCCGACCAAACCAUGCUGCAGAAGCUCCGAGUCCAGAUCAACACACACGAGCACUUCAACAGCUGGAACCAGGGCUUCAUUAUCCAUCACUACGCUGGCAAGGUGUCCUACGACGCAGAGGGCUUCUGUGAGAGGAACCGAGACGUCCUCUUCACUGACCUCAUUGAGCUGAUGCAGAGCAGUGAAAUUGGCUUCAUCAGAGCGCUGUUUCCAGAAAACCUCAACGCUGAGAAGAAGGGUCGACCCACCACCGCAGGCAGCAAAAUAAAGAAACAAGCCAAUGAUCUGGUGAGCACGCUGAUGAAAUGCACACCACACUACAUCCGCUGCAUCAAACCAAACGAGACCAAGAAGCCCAAAGACUGGGAGGAGGGACGAGUGAAGCACCAGGUCGAGUAUCUGGGUCUGAAGGAAAACAUCAGGGUGAGGCGUGCYGGCUACGCCUACCGUAGAGUCUUCAGGAAGUUCCUCAACAGGUACGCCAUCCUGACCAAAGAGUCCUGGCCAACGUGGCAAGGAGAUGAGAAACAGGGCGUCCUUCACCUCUUACGGUCUGUCAACAUGGACCAGGAUCAGUUCCAGCUCGGCAAAACCAAAAUCUUCAUUAAAGCCCCCGAGUCGCUCUUUCUGCUGGAAGAGACGAGGGARCGAAAGUUUGAUGGCUACGCGAGGACCAUCCAGAAGGCCUGGAGGAAAUAUGUUGCUCGUAAGAAAUACGUUCAGAUGAGGGAAGAAGCUUCUGAUUUGCUGCUGAACCGAAAAGAGCGGCGGCGGCACAGCCUGAACAGAAACUUUGUGGGCGACUACCUCGGCAUGGAUGACAGACCUGAACUUCGGCAGUUUCUGGGCAAGAGAGAAAAGAUYGACUUUGCUGACAAAGUCACGAAAUACGACCGCCGGUUCAAGGGAAUUAGGAGGGACUUGAUUUUGACUCCUAAAUCUUUGUACCUGAUUGGAAGAGAGAAGGUGAAGCAAGGACCAGAGAAAGGUCAGGUGACUGAGGUGCUGAAGAGGCAGAUCGAUGUGGAGAAAAUCUUGGCAGUGUCUCUCAGCUCGCUGCAGGAUGACUUCAUGAUUCUGCAUGAGCAGGAGUACGACAGCCUGCUGGAGUGCGUCUUUAAAACSGAGUUCAUCAGCUUACUGGCCCGAAGGUUCGAGGAGAAAACCCAGAGGAAACUUCCACUCAAGUUUAGUAACACACUGGAGAUGAAGUUGAAGAAGGAGAACUGGGGCUUCCUGAGCGGGGGCAACUCCAGACAGGUGGUGUUUGUGCAGGGGCAGGGAGACAUUGCUGUCUUGAAGCCUUCGAGCAAAUCUCUGCAGAUCAGCAUCGGACCAGGACUUCCCAAGAACACACGUCCAACAAAGCAGAGCUUCAGUCAAAGUCGCUCCAGUGUGCCCAGGUCCCACCAGAACAAGCCAUCAAGAACAGCACCAGGACCCCCAGUAGCUCACCAGAACGGAGGCCCCAAAAACACCAACCACAUCGCCAACCAGAGGAACUCGCAGCACCACAGCCAGAGACACCCCCCACCCACCAGUUYGGCUCGCCCCUUCCUGCCCAGCAACAUCAACCAGCUGAAGGAGCGAGGGGGGGGCGGCCGGCAGCAGCCCAACCUGGACUGUCUGAGAGUCCCCGACCAGGGAGCUGCAGGUUCUGGAGGCAGACGGCCAGCUCCAAACGGAGAAAAUGCCCACAGACCUUCCGUCAGCAGACCUACACCCGGAGGAGGACGACCCAAGCCCACACCAAAACCCAAACCCCACGUGCCUCAGUGCAAAGCCCUGUAYGCCUACGACGCUCAGGAUACAGACGAGCUCAGCUUCAAUGCCGACGACGUCAUCGACAUCAUCAAAGAGGACGCGUCCGGAUGGUGGACAGGACGACUCCGAGGGAAGCAGGGACUUUUCCCCAACAACUACGUCACCAAGAUCUAGGAGCUGCUGGUUUUCAGUACGAGGAGCGAGAGGCCUGCUGCGUUCCCUCUGACCCCCUUCAGAGGAYGGGACAGAGCCCACAGUGGGAGAGACGGACACUGAGAGACUCUUCUUCUACUACUGCCUUAUGCCACACGAAUGUAACCGUCGGUCACGCCAGCAGACCAAACAUCUGUCGGAAUCAAAACGAGGCUCUUUUCCAAAGACCAGGAGGCUGUCGGGGGGACCCUGGGGGUCCGUUUGUUUCUACAGCCUCUUUGAGUACUGAACAAACUAUUUAUUGUAUUUAUAGAUUUCUGUAUUCCCCUUUUACUUUCUUUAUAAUAUCUCGCUGAGGAUUGAGGCAUUGAAAAGAAAUCUGCUAAAUCUCUGGGACCAGGCUGUGAAUUUUAGUCUCGAUGUUUUGCUYUUUGAUGAAGGUUUUAACUGUUGAAGCAAACAUCCUUGUGUCAAACCUGAAGGGACUUCUAUUUUAACAAGAAUAUUUAUUUUCAUGGAAAGCUGUAACUGUAGGAACAGACACUCAAUGAACGACAACUUAAAAAAAGAAAGGAUUUUUUUUUUAGUAUCAAAGCAAUAUUUUUCCAAGUCUCUUCUGAAAACAAAUGGGCAUUGCGGUAAUGUGGGGAAUCACCUGGAAAAACCUCUGUCAUCUGGAUUUUAUUGUUGUUUUUGCUCUUUUAUGACACCGGUAUAUUUGAACCAUGUAUACUGUAACUUGAGCAUGCUGUCGGUGGUGUUUUAGCACUUUACUGGUACAGGUACUACCUUGGACACGGACACCAUCGCUCCUUCACAGCCWAUAAGUUUAGUCUGAAAAGGACAGAUUGCAAUGCAAUAAGCCGAGUUACUGAGAAUAAUUUGUUUACAUGAAGCAAAAACUCUUUUUUUCCUUUUGGUCUAAUUCUGUAUAUGUGUUCAUUUGCAGGAAUAUGCUUGUUUUUGAGUAGAACUUAAAUUAUUGUUUUUUUAAAUUAUCUUAAGAAUAUUAGCACACUUUUGCCCCUGAACCUUUGAAAGCCACAGGCUGCAGCUUCAGGAUCAUCACAAACUGGGGUUCAUGGAUUUCUCUUUGGCCAUUUGCAAAAGACUGAGGUGACAACCGUUUGUUUUGGUUGGUGGUAACUGUUUCUCCUUUGCAAUGCUGUUGCAGUACUUCCACAUUUUGCAGUCACAUGACCAAGUCACGCUGGAGUCAGGAAAAACUGCAGACUUCUGUUUUAACUGCACCCUUAAAUAUAAUUUGGACUUUUGAAYGCCUCCUUGUGCAAUACACACCAGUAGAUGAGUAUUUUAAUAAAGCCUGUACUGUUGCGUUAUUACAGACUUUUCUCUGUUCUUAUGAAAGCUCUAAGUUUAUUAUCCUGACAAUAAAUUAAAUAUUAUGCUAUAUGAAGGAAGACGUGAGAUAAGUGGAACAUGUUUCGUGUCUGAUGAGAAGACACUCAUCACCCAGUGAUAAAGCCUUAAACAACACAGGUAAAGAUUCCCUGCACUGGAUUCAUUUUUUUAGACCUGGAGGUCUUGAUUUACAGGGUAUGGUUUACCUAUUUCUCCUGCAGUUUUUCCAUUAAAAAUAACAUUUUUGAAACAAUUUUCAAACGUUCCAUCAUAUGUCCCUGACUGCUUACAUCUCUAACUGUUGUACUUUUCCAAAUUUGCCAAAAAUAAUCUUUAUGGUUUUGAUCAACUCCACGUUCUCUGUACAGCUUUUGUGAAACUCCAUGUAAUAAAAGCUUUCUCCACAUCA